GAUGCAGAUGUACAGCCGGCAGCUGGCCUCCACUGAGUGGCUGACCAUCCAGGGCGGGCUGCUGGGCUCCGCGCUCUUCAUCUUCUCCCUCACUGCCUUCAACAACCUGGAGAACUUGGUCUUCGGUAAAGGAUUCCAGGCUAAGAUAUUCCCUGAGAUCUUUUCCCUCUCUGUAGCAGCGCAAGGGGUGCUGCUGUCUAGCCUGUUCUUUUCUCCCAGCCUCAUCUUCUCCAUGGUUGGCCUCUACUACAUCAACAAGAUCUCCUCCACGCUCUACCAGUCUGCAGCACCCGUAGCUGUUCCCACCAAAGCUGUUGGCAAAGGCAGGAAGAGGAAUUGAUGUCCCAUGGCCCCUCUCCAGGGGCGGCCUCCUCACCUCCAGCCUGGACUCGGACUCUGAGCCAACCAAUAAAGCAGUCUCUUUGUAA